AUGGAUGACAUUUAUUACGAAAAAUUCAUGAAUCUUAAUGGAAACGAUGUACGCGCCUCAAUGUUUACUGUAAACCCCAGCGCGAUAGAAGACAAUACCACCGUUUCUAAAUUUCGUGGCUGCGACGCCCAGAUGACAGAAACGUUGGCGAAAUAUAUGAAUGCAACUCUUGUUAUGUUGCCAAAUGACGGGUCAGGCUUUGGGAAAUGGAACGGUACUGUUAAUACCGGAACGGAUGGCGACGUCAUGUUUGAAAGAGCAGAUAUAGCACCAAAUACUCGGUACAUAAUUGUUGAGAGACUGAAAGUCCACGGGUACACUUAUCCUCACGACAAAGAAGACCUGUGCAUUCUUGUGAAUAAGUCAUCUCGUAUUCCUCAGUACCUCAACAUUAUUCUGCCGUUUGCCAUAAUAGCCUGGAUGACAAUUCUUUUAAGUAUGCCAUUUACAGCUUUCUUCUGGAGUUUAAUUCGUCGCUUUGGCAAAGGCUCAUCAAGGGCGGAAAAGUUCGCGUGCGUGUACAUUACUAGCUUUCUUAAAAUAUUUUCUGUGUUUCUGUCAGUAGCUGUGCCAUCGCUUCCAUCCGUUGGUCGUGAGCGCAUACUGUUCGUCAUGUGGACGUUCUUCAGUCUUAUAAUCACUAACACGUUUCAGGGAUCGCUGACGAGCUACCUCACAAUUCCAAAGUACAUGCCAGACAUCGAUACGAUGGAACAGUUGUCCAGAUCGGGCUUAAAGAUCCUCAUACACCCGGAGCUGCUGCCCGUUUUCAAACUAGACACGGGCAACCCCGUGAUAGACGCCCUCAACAGGAAUCUCAUACCAGACAUUGACAUGGAAGGAUACCCAGAGAAAAUCCAGAGUGAUGGCGGCACGUGUGCUUUGAAGUAUUCCCCGCUACAGCCUAGAUUCGACUCGCUGAUAAGGCGCAUCGUAGAAGCCGGGCUUUACAAAAAAUGGCAGAAAAAUACGCUGGACGAAUCGAUAGCAGCGGGAGACCUCCUCCUCAUUAGUAACCGUGAAGGUAAAGCUGAUACGGAACGCAUUACUAUGUCCCAUCUUCAGAUGCCAUUUUACUUACUGUUCCUUGGUUACUUCCUAAGUUCUGCCCUCUUCUUCACCGAGUACUGGCGCAACCGCGGUGACCGCUGCUGCCUGAACCCGAGGCAUGCAGGGCGCUGGAGGCUGGGGUAUGCACGGCGGGGCGCUGCGCCACUGGAAGUCCUUGAGCGGGCGGGGAACCCAGAGCCCAGGGCGGACGACCGCGGCGCGCUUCGCAGGCUACAUACAUCCCGCGACGGCCGCCCCGCUGGAGCAGUCAGACACAGACAGCCGCCGCGAGGACACCCGCAGGACGCACCGGCACUUCCAGCGACGUCUCUCGCCAUGGACGCGACUUCUCCGCUCAGAGCGCUGACACUUAUGUUGGCGAUUUUGCUGUUUGUCGUGUUAUUGUCGUUUGCAUCCGAUGCUGAAGCGUACACGGAAGUGGCAGCUACUAGGAUUAGGGACCGUCUAAAAGUGCACGUUGGCUUUCCGUCGAGGUAGUUGGAGGCGUGGCUCACCAACCAUGGAACCUCUCACCAACCACCAGCCAACCACUGACGCCAGACAUCUGUCCACUGUCCAGUACAGACAACAGUGAAUCAACUGACGCUUCACACACAUUAUCCAAUGAACUGGACUUCAUUACAUGUUUUACAACAUGUCAGAAUAAUAUUUAAGUUCCUGAGUUUUCUUCAGAACCUGAAAUACUGGACGAACCAUUGAUUUCAGGUGGAUGGAUUUUGUCAUCGAUGUUUCGCUGUGUGUUAGUAAUAGCGCUGAUUUCAAUGUGAAAAUUUAGCGUUUCAUUUCCUGUUAUCUAACAGAAAACUCGAAAAGAAGCGCUUAGUUAAUGUGCCUUAUAGUUCCUCAAUGGCGAAAGGCCAGUAGUAUCAAAUAAUCAAGUAAUUAGGUCACGAUUCACAGUCGUAAAAAAACUGAUCUCAUUGCAUAUCUUCAUCGGUGUCUCGCUCACAGUAUAAGCUUUCUAAGUGGUCAAGUAACUGAAUAUUAAGUAUCCUGUAGAGGGUGGGAUGGUGCAAGCUGAAGAUUACGAAUCUAUACUUGUUCACUAUAAUCUCAAAUACUGAAAAAAUAUGACACUAUGAAUACAAGGAAAUGUGGAUGGCUGUCAACAUAGAGAAAAUAACAUGAUUCACGAAUUAAUUAAUUACCUUAGUGUUUAGCUGUAGAAUAUUACAUUCCUUUACAAAAAGAAGAAAAGUACUAUUACCUAGAAACCUCUAUCGCAGAGUAAAAAUUCCUAUCUCCAAAUGCAGAAACUAUGAUUCCAGUUACUUUUUGGAUGCGUUUUUCUUAUCAAUUCAAGCAAGAAUAAGAGUUGUUUAGGAAUGAUACCUACAGUUCAUCGCUUCUAGCUUUUCUAGCUGCACCAAGAAUAUUUUCCCGCAUGUCGCACCUUAUGUAAUGGCAAUAAUUCCGCUUCCUGAUUUCAAUAGUUAUUUUUCAGUAAUUAACGACAGACAUUGGUAUUAAAGCUCCGAAAUAAGCUUUGAAAUAAAACGAGCCGUGCAAGAGUGGUAAGAAGAUUGGAGGAACUUGUGAAACUUGAUGAAUAUUAAGUGAUACUAAUGACUGUAUUUUAUGUUCUGCUGUUAUGUUACCUCCACACACGUUAGCUCUUUCACAAUUUUAUCAUCAUUACAAAUUUCAGUAUAUGUUUUACAAAUGAAUCAAGUUUUUCAGUUUGAGUGAAGUACUUUACAGUUGAUAGUAACGUAAGAGUGACUGAUAAAAAAUAUAAAUAUUUUAAAAUCUUUAAAUAUUUGUAGAAUAUGCUUUGCAUCUACCUGAAAAUAAUAGGAAAUUUAUGUCACAUUAUUAUUUAUUCAGAAUUCUUGAAGCAUUUAUAAUGUAGCGUGUUUAUGUGUUGGUGAUAACUUUCCUAUAUCUAAAUGCUUAUUUUGUACUUUUCUAAUAAAAAUAUUUCAUAUCA